AUGCCAAUCAACAGUUUAAAAAUGAACUUAUAUCCCUAUGGACAAACACUAAAAAUGUGUAAGUUAUUUCGUGAAGCUGAUAGUUAUUUUAAAGGUAAAGAUGUCAAUACAAAUGAAAUUAACAAAAACACAAAAGUCAAAGGAUAUUGUAGUAGCGAUGGUUGUAAAACAAAUGAAGAUCGUAUUAAUGCUUUGACCGUAUAUAUAUAUAUGGAAUUCAAAAAUUCAAUAAGAGCAACUGAUUAUAAUAAGUAUGAUGAAUGUUUCUUGAUGUGGAUAAGUGAUAAAUUAUUUAAUAUGUACCACGAAAGCAAAGGCGAUAAUAAAAAAAAAGGCUUUGUCUAUCUUAUUACUUUAAAUCAGGCUUAUGAAAAGUAUUUAGAGAAAUAUAAAGCAAAAUUGGAUUAUUGGGUUCUUUUAAAUAUGCAGAAAGGUUUGAAAGAAGCGAAUCUUAAGUAUAUGAGCGAAUUUUAUAAACUACUUAAUAAUAUAUGUAAAACAAUUGUAGAUUAUAAAGAUAACGGUGCUGAAAGUAAAAAACUUUCUAGAUAUUCUAAAAAUUGCCUUAAUCAAUAUAGAAUCCUUUAUAUGAACAUUUCUGAAUGCCAAUCAUAUCUUGAUUUAUUGAAUAAAUUAAAAGGUAUAUAUGAUGAUUUUAGAAGUCAUGCUAUUAAGAAAAAUAGUUCAAACAAUGAUUUAAAAACUAAACUUAUAAAACUUACACCAAAAGAUGAAAAAGAGAUGAAGGCGGUGAGAGGUUUUAAAACAUACAACUUCAAUGAUCCAAAAUGUAAAUUCCCCAUAAAAAAAAAAACAACAACUCCCAAAGCUUUAAAACCUAAUCCAGGACCAGCAUCGAAUACAAAGAUUCAAAGAGAAUCACCAGGCUCUCAAGGUGUAUCAAAUUCUACAGGAGGUCAAUUAUCAAAUAAAGAGGAUACAUCAAAAGGUUCAGGCAGUGGAUCGCAAGGUUCAAAUGGUGAGAAAACAGAUACAGACAAUGAUCCACCAGAUAAAGGUGGCCCAGAAGAUGACCAAGGAGAUUCACUUGAUGGAUCAGGUAGUGGGCAAGGUGAUAAAGGAGGACCAAUAGGCGGAUCAAGUGGUGAUAAAGGAAGUCAAGGAGGUUCAGAUACUGAUCCAGGAACGUCAGGAAGUCAAAGCACAUCAUGGCUAUCUUUUGAUAUUGGAUCAUCAAUUUUUGAAAUCGUAUCAAAAGGUAUGGAACAAUUAAAUAAUGCUCUCGAUUUUGUUGAGCAAAAAAGGGAACAACUUACAAAGGUCACGGAUACUAUUAAGGAUUUCUAUAGUACAUCUGUGUCUAAUAUAAAAACUGCUUACGAUAACUCUAGAAAUUUUUUAAAUAGCAUUAUUGUUCAUAUAAGUAGUCAAUCUGAAAAGGUAAAUAUCUCUGAUAAAUCAGGCGAUAAUAAAUUAGGAUCAGGUGGCACAGGGGAUGGGUUACCCACACCUAAUGGCUCACCACCAUCUCAAAAAGAUUCACCUCAAACUCCAUCAGGAACGCCACACAGUUCAUUACCGUCAGAAAAUCCUAAGGAGCAAACUAAUCCAUCCCAAUUGCCUCAUGGUCCAUCUGGAAACCAAAAUUCUGAUCAAACCGAUCAAGAAGGAACUAAAAAAACAAUACCAGCUCCAGUGGUUAAACAAGAAAAUUCAGGAACCGAAACAAAAGGAAAUGAAAUAACAAAAAUAGGUGAUAUAUAUGUAUUAAAAGAAUACAAACAAAUUGGAAUAUCAAUUAUAGUUCUUUUAAUACCGAUUACCUUAGCUAUUAUGCACAAGUAUUUGCCAUCUGGAUGGAGAAAAGGAUUGACGAGAAAAAAAAAUAUGAAAAAGGUUAUAAAUUCAAUUGGAGGAAAAAAACAAAUACAAAUAAUUAUAAAAUCAUCUAAUCAAAAAAAGAAUACUAAAAAAUCUAUAAAUUCCGUUUAUAAGGAGAAAUCUCCAUCAUUAAAUAUAUACAAACUUAUGCAGGCUGAUCCUGUGCCGUUUAUUAAUUUAUUUUUUUUAUUGAUUUUUUUUGUUUAUAAAAGAAAAGAAAAUUCUUUGGAAUGA